AGGUCGCGGCCAUGGCGGCGGUGUAGCUGGGAGCGGGCGGCGCGGGGCCACCAUGAUCAUCGAGAGCGUAGACGCGCUCAAGUCCUGGCUGGCCAAGCUGCUGGAGCCCAUAUGUGACGCAGACCCCUCAGCCUUGGCCAACUAUGUCGUGGCGUUAGUCAAGAAAGACAAGCCUGAGAAGGAGCUGAAAGCUUUCUGUGCUGACCAGCUGGAUGUGUUCCUGCAGAAAGAAACUUCAGGGUUUGUAGAUAAACUUUUUGAAAGUUUGUACACCAAGAGUUACCUUCCUUCUGCUGAGCCCACAAAGGCAGAGGCAAAGCCUGCAGGGCAAGAAAAAGAAGAAGUCAAGGAGGAGUUGUGUGUUAAACAGAAUUUUCAAGAGUCUGUUGAAGAAGAGCGGGAGAGCAGGAAGAAGAAGUAUUCCAGUCCCCAGAGGAGCCGUGCAGAUUCCAGUGAGCAAAGAACCAGAGAGAAAAAGCGGGAUGAUGGGAAAUGGAGGGACUAUGACAGGUACUAUGAUAGGAGUGACUUGUACAGGGAGAAGUCUGGCUGGCGCCGGGGCAGGAGUAAAAGCCGGAGCAAGAGCAGAGGGUUGAGUCGGAGCCGCAGCCGCAGCAGGGGCCGCAGCAAAGACCGGGAUGGCAGUAGGAGUGGGCUAGUUCAGGUCUGUCGGAAAAGUAAGUGGCACAGAUUACAGCAUUCCACGCACCUUGAGACCUCGUUAGUUAAGGGCAGAGAGCACCGAGAGAGAGAGAGAUCAAAAUACAAGAGUGAAAAAAAUGAUGUUGAAGGCUCAUAUAAUCCAGUGUCUGCAUCUCCCAGUAAAUCCUCUGAACAGUAUUCCUCUGCACAAGCUAUUCCCAGUGCUGUAACUGUAGUUGCACCUGCGCACCACCUUGAAGGCACCACAGAGAGCUGGUCAAAUUUCUUCAACAAUCACAGCAAUCCCAGCUCAUUUGGCAGAAACCCCCCUCCUAAAAGAAGAUGUCAAGAUUAUGAUGAGCGAGGCUAUUGUGUCCUUGGUGAUCUCUGCCAGUUUGAUCACGGAAACGAUCCUUUAGUGGUAGAUGAAGUUUCCUUGCCCAGCAUGAUCCCGUUCCCGCCGCCGCCGCCGGGGCUGCCGCCGCCGCCGGGGCUGCUGCUGCCGCCGCUGCCGGGGCCGGUGCGCGGCCUGCGGCUGCCGGUGCCGCAGCCCCACCCGCAGCCCCCGCCGCCCGUCGUGCUGCCCGUCCCACGACCACCUUUAACACAGUCCAGCUUGAUAAACAGUCGUGACCAGCCGGGGACGAGCGCCGUGCCCAGUCUUGCACCCGUGGGAACAAGGCUGCCUCCUCCUCUGCCUCAGAACCUGCUCUAUACAGUGUCAGAACAUACAUAUGAGCCAGAUGGCUAUAACCCUGAAGCUCCUAGUAUUACCAGUGCUGGUAGAUCUCAGUAUCGGCAGUUCUUUACAAGAGCACAAAUGCAGCGUCCAAAUCUAAUUGGCCUAACAUCUGGGGAGAUGGAUACAAACCCUCGAGCUGCUAACAUUAUCAUCCAAACUGAACCUCCCAUUCCCAUUACAAAUAACAGCAGCAAUGUCACUAGAGUUGUCCUGGAACCAGACAGCAGGAAGAGAUCUCCAAGCAGCAUGGAAUGUCCACCACUGAAGAAACCCUGGUUGGGAAAGCAAGUAAAUAACAACCAGAAUAAGCCAGGGUUUUUGAAAAAGAAUCAGUAUACUAAUACAAAAUUAGAAGUUCGAAAAAUUCCACCAGAAUUGAACAAUAUUACACAGCUCAACGAACACUUCAGCAAAUUUGGAACUAUUGUAAACAUUCAGGUGGCUUUUCAGAACGAUCCUGAAGCUGCUCUCAUUCAGUACUUGAGCAACGAGGAGGCGAGGAAGGCCAUUUCCAGCACGGAGGCAGUGCUGAGCAAUCGGUUCAUCCGGGUGCUGUGGCACAGGGAGAGCGAGCAGCAGCCCCCGUUGCUGCAGCAGCAGCAGCAGCCGCCCGCCCCGCAGGCCCUGCAGCACCUGCAGCAGCAGGGCCUGGCCACGCCGCCCGCCGUCACCGUGCACAGCAGCCUGGCCAAGGUGAUGAACAAACCCCUUGCAUCUGGUGCCUACGUCCUUAACAAAGUCCCAGUGAAAAGGCGCCUUGGAGCAGCGGGUGGGAGCCAGCCUGAGCUCAGCCAGCCCGGGGCUGGGGUGGAGGAGUCUCAGAUAUUUCCUACUUCUACAAGCCACUCAAAAAUGGUUUACAGUUCUCCAAACUUGAAGACAACUCUGAAGUCUGGUGCAGGAUCUAAACCUCAUGAUGUGCAAGAAGCCCUUAAAAAAAAACAGGAGGCAAUGAAACUCCAGCAAGAUAUGAGGAAAAAGAAGCAGGAGAUGUUAGAAAAACAAAUAGAAUGCCAGAAGAUGCUGAUAUCCAAGCUGGAGAAGAACAAGGCCAUGAAACCAGAAGAGAGAGCAGAAAUUAUGAAGACUUUAAAAGAACUAACAGGAAAAAUAUCUCAGUUAAAGGAUGAAUUAAAAACGUCAUCUACAACCUCCACACCAUCCAAAUUGAAGUCCAAGACAGAGGCACAGAAGGAACUGUUGGAUGCAGAGCUGGACUUCCAUAAGAGACUGUCCUCUGGAGAGGACACAACCGAGCUGCGGAAGAAGCUCAAUCAGUUACAGGUGGAGGCUGCCCGCUUAGGCAUCUUGCCUGUUGGUCGAGGAAAGGCAGUGGCAGCCCCAGGAAGGGGCCGUGGCCGGGGCCGCGGGGGCAGAGGACGGGGCAUGCUGAACCACAUGGUGGUGGAUCAUCGGCCCAAGGCCCUCACCGUGGGAGGCUUCGUUGAAGAGGAAAAAGAUGAAUUGUUACAGCACUUCUCUAAAUUUGGAGAUAUCGAAGAUCUUCAGGAAGAGGAUUCCCCAUUAAGUGUUGUUGUAACUUUUAAGUCCCGCUCAGAAGCUGAGAAUGCUGCUAACCAGGGAUCCCGGUUCAAGGACCGCCGGCUCCAGAUCUCGUGGCACAAACCCAAGGUACCUUCUGUGUCCACAGAAGUCGAGGAAGAGGAGUCCAAGGAAGAGGAGACUGAAACCUCAGAUUUAUUUUUGCACGAAGAUGAUGAUGAUGAUGAUGAAGAUGAGGAUGAAUCCCGUUCUUGGAGAAGAUGAAACUUGAUGUUCGAAAUGUAUAAUUUUAGGAAUAUAGUUCAAACUACAUCUUUUAAGCGUUUAUUUAAGGAAGUUGAUGAGCCAAAAAGAGCUUUACUUUCUUUUCAAACCACAAAAUUUACCAUGAGCAGUUUGGUAUGAAAACAUUUGGGACACAGAGCUGUGAGACUGAGCUAGCCAAAGGCCCAGGAACUUCUUACAGGAUUAUCAAGCUCACCAGGGUGGUGAUUUUUUUCUAUUUAAGAAGGAUAAAAAGGGGGGAGGGGGUUGGAAAUCAGUAUUUUCUUGUCCUCUUUUUGUGUCACCUGUAUUAUCUUGUUUUGGGUUUUUUAUAAUGUGAUUGGUUUGUUAGUUUAUAAUUGAAAAGAUAUUACAGGUUUUAUUUAGCAAUAUUAUGGGGUUAGGGGAAAAGACAAACUUUCAUUAAAUAUUAUGAAAGAAAAACUGGCCUCAUUUGCUCGUUGAAAAAAGGGAGCAUUUUAUUUCCUGUGGAGUCUCAUGUUGUAGGAAUUAUUUGUGGCUAGAUUCCUAAAUCAUUUACUUCUGUAUGUGUGACAGCCACACUAUCUCUAUGUUGUGCUGCUUUUUGUGAGAGGAGGUGGAAGAAACAAUUUAACAGGAUAUUGUUAUAACAUUGUCCAGUUCCCUCUGUUUCUCCAAAUUCUGCUUCACAGAAAAUAUCAGCAGGAGCACACGCUGGAGUGGAUUUUCACUCCUUCUUGAUUUCCUUCUGUCAUUUCAGUGUAAGGCUCAGUGUAGGUCAGGCUGUUCAUUGCAUUUCAGUAUUUGUGAGCAAGAAAGGAAGGAGUUCCAGUCUUCCUCAGAAGCAGCUGACGUGGCCCCUGUCUACCAGCCAGGAGCAACUCUGCUCUCCCUGUUCCCAGCUGUGUUCCAGGCAGAGCCCCGUGGCGUUCAGAGCAGGCUGGGUUCAGCCCACAGGACUGGGGUGUCCUGCUUAUCCUGGCCCCAAACCAGGCUCCAGUGCCCCAGGCUGUUCAGGGCUGGCUGUGCAGUGGCUCUCCCUCGUGUGCCAGGGCAGUUCUGCAGACGUGUCCCCUUCUCAGUGCCUCUCUGCUGUCCCUGUAACCCAGCAGGGCGUGUGCUGAGCCAGGGGCUGGGCUGGCUCUGGGCUCUCUGGCUUGUGGUGGGGCACCCAGCAGCACCUUCCCUGACUGCCCACUUGCCCUGGCCACUCCUCAACACGUUUUUUGUGCGUUUCUACACAAAAUCAGCACCAUGGCCAUGCACAGCACUCUUCUUGAACGAUUGCCAGUGUAGGCCCCAGUAAUUCCUGACUGAAGGACAGCAUCUACCAAACCCUUUACUUGCCUGUGGCUCUGGGUGUGGCCAGGGCAGGUGCUGAGCACCCUUUGGGGUCACAGCCCUGCUGACUCUACCCUUGUGCUGUGGUGAGGUAUCCAACUUGUGUAAUGUCCUGUUUCUUGUCAGCUGAAGGGAAUGUCUCCAGUAUUCUGUCUCUUUCCAAACCUCUCCUCUUCCUAGAAUUAGGACUGUCCUGCUAAUGCUGAGACUAAAUUCCAGGCAUGAAGAAAUGGAGGAGAAAUCCACCCCAUGAACUUACAAGAAUGUCUUGCUCUUCUCCCAUCACCUCUAGGGGUUUUAAUGUCUGUGGCACAGUGUGUUUCUUGAGAAGUCCAUUGCAGCAAACAUGUCCAAGUCCUGACAACUUAAAAAAGGAGAGAGGGAUCAAAAGGAUUUAUAUAUUUUUUUGUACAGAGUUUUUUCUUAAACUGUAUAAUUUUGUAAAUAUUUUGCUUUUUUGUGUACUAAAAUUACCGGCGUAUAGAUUUCAAUAAGAAUUGUUGUAUUUUUGUAUUUGGAAAAUGAAAAUUACAGUGGAUUAAUUAAGCUGUAAGAAAAACUGCGGUAGCCUUCGACACACACAGAAUGGAUUCCUUUUCAUAUGGUUUUAGCUCUAAAGUGACACUGGGGUGGCACUUGUGGCAGGGCCAGGGCCAAGGGAGCGAGGGCCAUCUCUGAGAGCUGCACACAACUGCAGUUUGCUCUCCCAGUCCCCCUGGCAGGCUGGCCUGAGUGCCAAGUGCCACCCCAAAGGCAGCUGCUGCCCGCAGGGCUGGCAGGGCCCCCCAGCCUGGCUCUACCCGGGGGCAGAGGGGCCACAGCUGUGCCAGGGGCUGGGGGAGGAGGAGAGGAGCUGUGUGAAACUGGCCUGCCUUUUGCCAAAGCUGAUGGAGCCCCCUGUACUUUAGGGCAUGCUGGGCCUGUCUUGGGGUGGUUUGGCUUGGAUUUCUGUGUUUGCAGAGGCAGCAGGCCAGUACAGCUGAGUUCAUUUCAUGGUGAUGCUUUACUGGGAAAUUCACCUGUACUGUGGGCAAAACAGCCCUCGGGGGUACCUGUGUGCCCCUGCCAAGUGUACCAGCCUGAGCUGGGGGACAGGCACUGAAGGAUGAGGGCAUGGGGAAAGAAAGUCACUGCAGAGAAUUCCCUCCCUUUCUGUGCUGAAUUAACCUAAGCAAAAAUAACAAAACCACCUCAAACCUGAAACCAGGCACCUGCUUAGGAAAGCACCACUUUAGCAAAAUCAUGUGAAAAGGAACAAAGCUCCUCUUGGUGUAUAGUAACCUUGUACUAUAGUUUUUACAGAUUGUGAACUUGUGUAAUAGGAUAAUAGCAGAUAUUGUUGAAUUUCUAAUUGUUUACACAUUAAAAUUCAUAUAUGUAAUGUUUGUUUUAUUGAUUACAAGCCAAAUUUCUAAGA